AUGAACCUGGAUGUGUUCAAGAAGUACAGGAGUUUUAUUGGAGAUAAUGAGUUUUUCAGAACGUUCAUACCAGGCUAUAAAGAGAUGGAAACCGGAGAAGCAGAACUUGCAGAGCCUUAUGUGUUUGAAAGCAACCCAAAAUACAUUCAGGUAGAGUUGAGAGAUUAUCAAAUUGAGGGACUGAACUGGCUUGUUAAUAUGCACGAGAAUUCGAUCAAUUGUAUACUUGCAGAUGAGAUGGGUCUUGGAAAGACAUUACAAACAAUUUCAUUUCUUGGAUACAUCAAGUAUGUGAAGAAGGAAGAAAACAGACAUUUAGUGAUUGUGCCUAAAUCUACACUGAAUAACUGGAAAAGAGAAUUUAAGAGGUUUAUGCCGAAGUACAAAGUGCGAGUGUUCUACUCAUCACGAAAGGAGCUCAAGCAGUUGAUGAAAGAACUCAAGAAUUCUAAAUGGGACGUGUGUCUUACAACUUAUGAAAUGUGUAUAGGAGCCAAGAGUAUGCUGAGUAAAAUAGAAUGGUCUUAUAUAGUGAUUGAUGAGGCACAUAGAAUAAAGAACGAGCAUAGUCUUUUGAGUAAGAUAGUUCGAGUCUUUCCUUGUGAGCACAGAUUGUUGAUUACAGGUACGCCUCUUCAGAACAAUGUGCAUGAACUGUGGGCAUUGUUGAAUUUCAUUGUUCCUGAGAUUUUCAAUGAUUCUGAGAAAUUUGAAGCAUAUGUUGUACGUAGUGAUUCUGGAGAAAGCGAAGGAAUUGCAAAGAUCAGGAGUGUGCUGCAGUUGUUUUUUCUACGAAGAGAAAAGAUUGAUGUGGAACGAACUCUGCUUCCAAAGAAGGUGGUGAAUCUAUAUUCUAAGUUGUGUCCUAUGCAACAUGAAUGGUAUAAGAUGUUGCUGAAGAGAGAUUUAUCACCACUUGGAGGAAGUAGAGACAUCAAAGGGAUGCUUAUGAAUGUUGUAAUGCAGUUAAGGAAAUGUUGCAAUCAUCCUUACUUGUUUCCAGGUGCAGAGCCUGAACCUUACACGAAUGAAGAGCAUAUUGUUGAGAAUUCUGGAAAGAUGCAGCUUCUUGAUAAAUUGCUAACAAAUCUAGCAAACAAAGGCUCGAGAGUGCUUAUAUUUAGCCAGAUGUCAAUGAUGUUGGAUAUUCUUGAGGAUUAUUUGGUGUUAAGAGACUAUGAGUAUUGCCGGAUUGAUGGAUCUACUCCUUAUGAGGAGCGUGUUCAAUUCAUAGAUGAAUUUAAUGCUGAGGGAAGUAAGAAGUUUGUGUUUCUACUGACUACAAGAGCAGGAGGAUUGGGGAUAAACCUGUGCACGGCAGACACUGUGAUUUUGUUUGAUUCAGAUUGGAAUCCGCAGAUGGAUUUACAGGCACAAGAUAGAGCACAUAGAAUAGGACAGAAAAAGCAGGUUAUGGUGUUCAGAUUUAUAUCUGAAGGUACGAUUGAGGAGCAGAUUGUGUACAGAUCAUUGCAGAAACUACGCUUGGAUGAUAUACUACUGCAGGGCAAGAGUAAGAAAGGUGCACCGAGCCAGUCAGAGCUGAUUGACAUUCUUGCGAGUGGGAUAGAGAUUACAGAUUCGUUUGUGAAGGAUGAAGAGAUUGAGGAAGUAAUAAAGAAAGGAGAGGAAAAGACCAGGGAAAUGGACAUGAAGCUUGAUGAGUUUAAGAUUGGAGAUGCAUCUGAAGCAGGACUUGAUUGCUACAAGUGGGAGGGUGAGGAUUACAAUAUCAAGAAGAUUGAUAGGUUUGUUUCAAGCAAUGCUGAGAGCUAUGGAAGAAUGUCAAGAGUGAAUUUAUUGUUUGCACAGAAGCCAAAGAUUAUUGAAUACCAAGAUUAUCAGUUUUAUCCAAAGGAGCUGAAAGAACUGAAUGAGAAGGAACUUCGGUUGUACAAGGAGGGUAAGGAACUCAAUGAAGAUGAACAGAAUCUAAGGAAGCAGCUUUUGCAUCAGGGAUUUGAUUGGACAAAGAAAGAUUUCCAGGCAUACUUGAAGGCCAUGGAAGUUGUUGGCAAGGAUGAUGUUGAGGCGAUUGCUGCAUUGGUAGGAAGCAGAAGUGAUGUGAAGGAAUACCACAAAGUGUUUUGCGAGAGAAUAGAUGAGCUGAAUGAUGCAGAAAAGAUAAAGGUGAUGAUUGAAAGAUCGAUUCGUAGAAUCAAGAAGAAAGCAAGGAUUAGGCAAAUCCUAGAGGAAGGCAUGGAUGUGAUUGAGAUGCGGAUGAAGCCCAAUAUGAGCGAAUAUGAUAAGUUUUUAUUGAAAUUGUACAAGAAAUACAUUGAUGAGCCGAUGUGGCAGGAAUGUGUUGCCAUGGAUGUGCUGAAAGCACCUGAAUUCCAGUUUGAUUACUAUGUUUUAUCUAGAACGGCAUCCGAUAUUUUCAAGCAUGUCAAUCACUUGGUAUCUGCACUGAUUAGGUCAUUUAAUGAAAAUAAUAAAACAUGA